UAUUUCUCUCACAAAAAACAAGAAAACCCUAGCUUAUCGUUCUGUGUAAUUUUAAAUGGAUAUACAGAGAGCUAUACAUAUACUAAUCAUAGUGUUGUCGCUGAGUCCGUGUUUGGGGUCAGCCGGUGACAUAGUUCACCGAGACGACAACACUCCCAAGAGGCCUGGUUGCGAGAACAACUUCGUUUUGGUUAAAGUUCCAACUUGGGUUGAUCGUGUACCAGAUAUUGAAUAUGUUGGUGUUGGUGCUCGUUUUGGCACUACUUUGGAGUCCAAGGAAAAACAUGCCAAUGAAACGAGACUUGUACUGGCAGACCCUCCUGAUUGUUGUAGCAAACCAAAGAAUAAGCUUAAUCAUGAAGUACUUCUAGUGCAUAGAGGUGGUUGCAGUUUUACAACUAAGGCGAAUUUUGCUGAAGAGGUAAAUGCUUCAGCCAUCCUCAUAAUAAACUACAAAACAGAACUUUUCAAGAUGGUUUGUGAAGCCAAUGAGACUGAUGUAGAUAUACAAAUACCUGCUGUGAUGCUUCCCCAAGAUGCUGGUGCAAGCUUGGAAAAUCAUAUAAAGAACAACUCUUUGGUCUUUGUGCAGCUGUACUCUCCAAAGCGUCCGCUGGUUGAUGUUGCAGAAGUUUUCUUAUGGCUUAUGGCUGUUGGCACUAUUUUAUGUUCAUCUUACUGGUCUGCUUGGACUGCCAGAGAAACAGCCAUUGAACAGGACAAGCUGUUAAAGGAUGCUUCAGAGGAACUUUUAAACUCGGAAAAUGUUAGUUCCAGUGGUUUUUUGGACAUCAACACAACAUCAGCAGUUCUCUUUGUUGUGGUUGCUUCGUGUUUCUUGGUUAUGCUCUACAAACUGAUGUCACUCUGGUUUCUUGAGGUUCUAGUGGUUCUAUUUUGCAUUGGUGGGGUAGAGGGUCUGCAAACUUGCUUGGUAGCAUUAUUAUCAUGUUUCAGAUGGUUUCAACAUGCUGGAGAAUCGUUUGUUAAAGUACCCUUAUUUGGAGCUGUCUCAUAUCUGACGUUGGCAGUUUGUCCGUUCUGCAUAGCAUUUUCUGUUAUAUGGGCUGUUUUUCGUCGCAUAUCCUUUGCUUGGAUAGGUCAAGACAUCCUUGGUAUUGCACUGAUGAUCACAGUUCUUCAGAUUGUUCGUGUACCAAACCUCAAGGUUGGAACUGUUCUGCUCAGUUGUGCCUUCUUGUACGAUAUCUUCUGGGUAUUCGUUUCUAAAUGGGUGUUCCAUGAGAGUGUAAUGAUAGUGGUAGCUCGUGGUGAUAGGAGUGGAGAGGACAGUAUCCCCAUGUUAUUGAAAAUCCCACGGAUGUUUGAUCCUUGGGGUGGCUACAGUGUUAUUGGUUUUGGUGACAUUAUCUUACCGGGACUGCUUGUGGCAUUUUCACUGAGGUAUGAUUGGUUGUCAAAGAAGAAUCUUCGUACAGGAUACUUUGUGUGGGCGAUGACUGCUUAUGGUCUUGGUCUCCUGAUUACAUAUGUGGCUCUGAAUCUGAUGGAUGGACAUGGCCAACCGGCUUUGCUUUAUAUUGUUCCAUUCACCCUUGGCACCUUUUUGACAUUGGGAAAGAGAAGAGGUGAACUUAAAACUCUGUGGACAAGAGGAGAACCAGAGAAGCCCUGCCCCCAUAUCCAAUUUCAACCUUCAUGAUUAUGUUAAAGAUAUGGAUGAUAUCUCAAUGUAGUUUUAUAGGUUUUUAGCACGAAGACCUCAAAUACUACUUUACCUACCCAAAAUUGUAGGAGAGCAUCUUGACAUAUAUAGUGUUAAUUACAUCUUCGAGUUCAGAUAUUGACCAUUGACCAAGAGUUAGAUGCACUUAAUUAAAACCCGCUUGACUAAUGCCUUAAAAGAUUACGACCGUUGGUUCGGUGAGCAUAAUAUCCCAUUCCCAACCCCACUAUUAUUUCUUCAAAUAUUCUUGAA